GAGAUCUGACAAACCGACAGUGACAUUCCGAACUUGCGAUCAUCAGCUGGGCUUAAACAAAAAUCAAAAUAAAUCUAUUGCUAUUGUGUGUUCAUCAAUUGUCUUUGUAGUUUUCCGCUAUUUAUAUUGAAUCUGAAUACAUAGGAGUUAAUAAUAAUAUGUUAAUUUUUAAAAGUGCUUUUAUCGUAUUUUUUUCUACAUUCAUACUAUCGCUUAGCUCUCAAAUUGCGAAAGAAACAAAUUCUUUAGACACUGGCCUUGCUUGUUUAUACAUAAUCAGUGGAGCAUUUGCUGGAAAAAUUCUAUAUGACAGAUACCAGCAUAUUCAUAUAUUAGGAUCACUAACACCAAAUCCAAAUGUGACCUCAUAUGUUAACAGGAUUGCUUCCUUCUGUGCAUCUCUCCUUUCAUUGGGCUUCCUAGGUUAUUUCUUUCUAUUUCUAUUCAAGGGCGAUGAACACUCUCUCAAAGCACUCAAUAUAUUUUUAUGUGGGUUUGGGACAUUGUACAUGUGGUUACAGUGUCUCCUUACAACUUAUAUAUCUACAUUAUUUUAUGAGAAGAGAUUAACGGUGUUGAGACAAUGUCUGGCCAACUUGAGCUUCCUAUUUCUAGUUAUUAUGGCAAUUUUUGGAAUUAUCUCUGUUUUAAUUCCAGAAGAUGGUUCCAGUGGAAUGUACAUAUGUAAUGUAAUCACGUCCCUCAGUAGCUAUGUAUUGACAACUAUUUUCUGUAUAUUUAUACUAUCAUAUGAAAAGGAAUAUAAAUAUUUUUCUGAGGGGCUACGAUCAGAUAUGCUUAUAGAUGACGCGUGUUCAUUGAACAACCCGUCAAUCGACGACGUAGACGCCUUAUUGGUACCAGAGCAAGCCUCAAGUACAAUAAAUAACAAAAUUAUAAAGAGGAUAGUUCCUUGCGGUAUUGCCUCCUGACAAGAG